GUCACGCUAGGUUAGUGCUACUGUCUAGAGUCUCUAGGUACAUGUACAAUACAAUACCUCUUCUUCCUCUUAUUCUAUUCCCCUCAGCCUACCUCAGCCCCUCUAACGUCGAAGCAGUACCUACUUCCUAGGUAAACAUCGUUGUAGACAUCGUUAUAGACAUCGAAUGCUAUUGUGCAAUCGUCUAUUACCAUCAUGUUGAUAUUAUUCGUUCGUUAUAAUUAACCACUCCGAGGCUUUGAUACGACCUUCUACUUUCACCUAUUUCUCUAUCUUCACAAAUGGUGUUUUAUAUUGAUAGUCACGGCUCGGUUAUUUGAAGCCGGUUCGAUUCAUCUUAAUAUCUUUUAUCCCGAUGUGCGAUGCACUAACAACCUGACUAACGAUAACAGGAGGUUGGUAUGUUUUAACUAAUCAUUUACCAGCAAACCGGUUCCCGUCCGUAACCUACAAAAUACAUAAUAAUCGUCAUUUUCACGAUCCCAAACAGUUUAAUCAAUCUCCAAUCGAACGGAUAUGGUCCCGCAAAUGUGGCUCUCGCGUCCUUUUUGGCCGGGCGACGAUCUGGUUUUCCUAAGGCACGAUGAUGUGCACUCCGCCCUGGAUCCGCUUCCGCCUGGACCACGAAUUGGUCAACACCCUCGGCACACUGGAUCCUAAUCGUAUCCACUAUGACUGACUAGUGAUGGAUCGAGCUGUUGGGGAUGAUGAUCGCAUUCUUUUAUAUUCCUACCUUAACUUUAGCUUGGCCUACCUACAUAUUACCAAGCCGAAAAAAAAGAACCGAUACUGCGAUUAUUUCCUCUUGUACUUCACAGAGUCGCACUGGGAUAAUGUGCAAGUUUGGACUCGGAGCUAAUCACGGGUGCAAGAUGUAUAAUCACGCUGCCAUCCGAUCUGCGUCAAAAGGCAUGUAAUACUACCUAGGUACCUACUCAAGCUUUCGGUAUAUACUAUUGUGCAUAUUCGCAAGAAGCCCUGCAUGAUUGUCGUGCAUCUGACCGGUUGCUCCGCUGCGGAACAAUUCAUGUCUAAAUCCCAAUGGUUCAGAAUAAGGCAAUCAAGCAGCUACCUACCUACCUACCUAUUACGAAGUUGCAUUCAAGCACAAUAUAAAUAUGUCAAUUCAGACCUUAGAAUUGUUGGAUUCCAAUAUCACCACAACGAUUUAAAUAUC